CAGAGGUUUUUCGGCCGCCGCCCGCCUCUUCUCCCCGGCUGAGCAGAGAGACGGACGCGCAUUUCUUUCGCCCCGAGCGGAAUUCCGAGGAUCCGAUCAAAGCAACUUUUCCCUUUCUUUGCAGAGGUCUAUAGAAUACUGCAGAAGUGUUCCCUUGGAAGAGUAUUGUUUCCACACCUCUUAUUUCCACCAAGCAGAAAAUGGCUAAGAAUCCUAGCAUUCCUUGGCUCAUCCCACCAACUCUCCUCCUCUUCCUGACUCAUGGCAUCCACUGUUUCUUCUUGCCUAAUGCCACCCAUUUGGAAAACAUCCUUAAUCAAUUCCAAGACGGGCAACCCCACUCAAGGGCCAAGAGAUCCAUUUCCAGAAGUGACCAAGAUGAAAUCCUGAUGCUUCAUAAUAAAUUGAGGGGGGAAGUCUACCCUUCAGCAUCCAACAUGGAAUACAUGAGAUGGGAUGACGAACUGGAGAGAUCUGCUGAAUCUUGGGCUCACCAAUGCAUCUGGGACCAUGGGCCUGCCAGCCUGCUCCCGUCCAUUGGCCAGAAUUUGGCUAUUCACUGGGGAAGGCAUCGUUCUCCAAGUUUCCACGUCCAGUCUUGGUAUGACGAAGUAAAAGAUUACACCUACCCAUAUCCCCAUGAAUGCAAUCCUUGGUGUCCCGACAGAUGUACAGGAUCUAUGUGCACGCACUACACCCAGAUGGUGUGGGCUACAACCAACAAAAUUGGCUGUGCCAUUAAUGUCUGCAAGAGGAUAGACGUGUGGGGAGAAGUGUGGGAAAACGCGGUGUAUUUGGUCUGCAACUAUUCUCCCAAAGGCAACUGGAUUGGAGAAGCCCCAUACAAAAAUGGCAGAUCAUGUUCUGAAUGCCCACCAAGCUAUGGAGGAGGGUGCCGGGCUAACGUCUGUUAUAAAGAGAAAGUGGUUGAAAAAUCGGAGAUGGAUCGGGGUAAUGAAGUGGAGUUACAAAAGGUUCCUGUCAGAAUACAGCCCAAAACUGUAAAACCUACAAAGGAAAAGAAACCCACAGAGGUGAACUACAUGACUCAAGUGAUCAAGUGUGACACCAAAAUGAGGGAUACAUGUCGAGGAUCCACAUGUAACAGGUAUCUGUGCCCAGCUGGCUGCUUGAACAGUAAGGCAAAAGUAUUUGGAUUCCCCAAAUAUGAAAGUGCAUCCAGCAUAUGCCGAGCAGCUAUUCAUUCCGGAGUGUUAGAUAACAGAGGUGGCCUAGUAGAUAUCACUAGGAAAGGAAGAUCAGACUUCUUCGUAAUGUCUAUAAGAAACGGAGUUCAGACAUUCAGCAAAUACAAACCUUCCAAUGGCUUUGCUGUGUCAAAAGUCACAGUGCAGACUCUGGAUUGUUACACCACAGUAGAGGAACUGUGUCCAUUUAAGAAGCCAACUACUCAUUGCCCAAGGUCUUACUGUCCAGCUUACUGCAAAAAUGAGCCAAACCACUGGGCUACAGUAUAUGGCACAAACAUAUAUGCUGAUAAUUCCAGCAUCUGCAAAGCCGCUGUGCAUGCAGGAGUCAUCGGAGACAGCUCUGGCGGUUACGUCGAUGUGAUGCCGGUCGAUAAGAAGAAAGUCUAUAAUGGAUCCUUGAGGAAUGGGAUCCGAUCUGAAAGCUUAAAGACUCCCAGGGAAGGAAAAGCUUUCCGAAUCUUUGCUGUGAGGCAAUAAUUUUCCCAAGACGGCGAGACUCUUUGGAGAAAGAGACGGCAGCCUUGUGUGUUUCUCCUGGGGUGAGAGAUGUUUGCCCCUCCUUGGACAACGCCGAAGCCUUCUAAAUCCAUCUUCUUUUGGAGAAAAAAAAAAAAGAUGGUGGCAGGAAUUGGAACUUUCUCCAUCUUGACAGCAUCUGCUCACUGUUUUAUUUUCAGACUGUUGUUGUUUUACUUCCAAAUGUUUUGAACCUUCAAGGAGAAGGAAGAUGGUUCAAGUUUAGGAGAGAAGAUGGUUGAAAAACUGGCUUGCGCCACCCUUCCUAAAAACAAUUUUGCCCUCAAGCUAUAGGCCGUUGGGGUUCUCGUAAAAUACUACUUCCAAGAGGUGGAUGUUUAUCUGAUCAGUAGGCUUUGAAUGAGAACAUAAAAAGCAUUUAGGUCACCCCAAAGGUUAAAUUUUUGAAAAAUUGGGUCAAAGUCAAGAAUAUACCUAGAAUCCAAGUCAUCCUGUGAUACCAUGAAUGGUAUGGUGGUUUAGGCAAGGUUUAGACCACACUAAACAAAUAACAUAGAUUUCUUUUGAUGGAGACUGAGAAAGAGGUAUUGAAUUUCCAGAGAAGAAUCUGCUUUUGCAAAAGAAUGGAAAGUUGCUAUUUCUUUCAAAAGAAAACUUAAAUGGAACAAAUAGGUUUGCUGGCCAAACAAUUGCAGAAAGUUAGGAAAAAGGAGUUCAAUUGUCACCAAAUUAAACCCUUGGGACUCCUGUCUUGGCACAUUCUGAUUCAUUGCAUGUUAGUUAGCAUUAUUUUAUUUACAGAUGAAUCCAACUUAUUUUAUUCAGCAGAGCUGUUCUCGCUUAGCUAAGCAAUGGUUGCCAAAAGUUCAUCUUUAUUUUGCUGGAAUCAAAAAGGUUUUUGCUUUGCUUGUUUAUUUGUAUAGAUUGGAAGCUUGAUAUAUUAAGUUGGUCACAACAUGUAUAUUAUGAAGUCCUGUUAGAACGAUUCUGUUUCCUGAUAUUCAGUAUGAUUCCUGUAGAUCAUAGUCAAGUCGCAAACGUUGUCCUAAUGAAAUAGUUGCAAAGUCGUCCUCUUUCAAUCCAAAUAUUUGAAGGCUUAGAUUUGUUAAGGACUUAUCUUUCUUCUAAAACCUUGAGCCCAGUCUUCAUUGGAAGCCAAAGAGGGGCUUCCUAUCAAUCUGACCCAAGGUUGGCUUCAAAAAUUGACCUCUGAUCCCACCACACAAAAGGACAAAUGUUGUUCAAUGUGCAAUUUCUAUUUAUUUAAAGUUCUUGAUUUUAGUGGACCAUGGCUCUGUUAAAAACCCACACACAAUACCCUUCAAAUCAAACACGUGAUGCAACGGUUCCUGUAAGCAGGGUGGAUUUUGGCCUUCUAAACCCACAGGGUUGCUUGCCAACUAUGGUGCUAAAAUGGUGCUAAAUAAGAUGUUUUUGAUUCUACACCUGCUCACAGAUUCACACAGAAGGAACUAGCUGAUUUUCCCUUAUUUGUUUGGGUUUUUUUUUUAACCAUUAUGCCUGGAGGGAAAAAAACAACAACCAUAGUCACAAGUAGGACUCUAAGGCAUCCUACUGAGGUAGGUGGUUGGGUGGGAUGGCCCAUUUUCUAUUUAAUCUUAAUUAUCAGGUGUCCGAGAAGAGAGUUAGUGCGUUCAUAUUGUUCUACCAAGAUCCGUGGUGGCGCAAUGGUUAGAAUGCAGUUUUGCAGGCUAAUUCUGCCCACUGCCAGCAGUUCUAUCCUCACCGGCUCCAGGUUGACUCAGCCUUCCAUCCUUCCGAGGUUGGUAAAACGAGGACCCAGAUUGUUGGGGACUCUGUAAACUGCUUAAAGAGGGCUGUCAAAGCAAUGUGAAGCGGGAUAUAAGUCUAAGUACAAAGUGCUUCGUUAAGGUCUUCUUUUUAUGGUCCUGAGAAUUUUGGCAAAGUGUCAGGAAAUGAAAUCACAUUUUGGAGGUAUCCCGUGUUUCUUGAGACAUCAGAUAGGGUAGACUUCUAAAUGCAAAAUGUGCACAGAAAUAAUUGGGGGGACGGGGAAGAAGGUAAAACCUCCUUAUGCAAGGUCAUCCCAAAUGCAAGGUAAUCUCCAGUUACUAAAUGAUACCCCACCUUUGAGAUAUGUUGCUUAUCAAAGAUACUUAAGAACAUAGUUAGGUGCCAUUUCUAAGCCAGAUUCCUCUAUUUCUGGAGAGCAAUUUUGACAUGGAUGCAAAGAGAACAGAUUGUUCAGAUUUGUGGUCAAUCCGGAUUGGUCUCUAAUAUGUGAAUUCACGCAGGCUAACAGAGGUGUAAGUCUUGAUUCCGUUCCUAGAUUCAUGCAUUUAGACGCAUCCAAUUGAAUCCGAUGAUUCAGGCCACUUCUUUGGAAUUUUUCCAAAAUGUGUGUAUGUGUGUUUCAAGAAAUGGUUCAAUAAACCAGAGAGGGAUGAUUGAUGCAGGCCCAACAAACAACGUCCACGAGAGACGAAGUAACAGGAGGUGAAUAAAACACGGGCAUUUUCAUGCUUAUUGAAACUAUAUUUGUGGGUGCCACCAGAUAUACAGCAACUCGAUAGAGGAAAAGAAUUUCCCCGCCUGCGUUAAAAUUUAUCUUUUUUAAAAGGCAUAUAUAGAUCUGCGUAGGUCAUAUCUGCAGGCCACACAAGCCUGAAGUUUUUGUAUAUUUGCUUU